UUCCCCUUCAACUUUCCACCCCUCAAAUCCUCACCCCCCACCCUCCUUUUUCCGCCUAGCUCUCAAUCGGCCUCUGCUGGCCAGGGAGCUUUACCUCAACCUCUCUUCCAACAUGAGCCUCACUCGCCCCGCCCGAUGCAUGUUCUGCAACUUGUCGCGAGCAGCCUCGGCGGCUCCUCGCGUGCCUCGUCGCCAAUUCCACCCUUCUCCCUUCCGCCUUAACGACCAGAAGCCCAAAGACCCUGCCGCGGUGCCCCCUGUGGUCUCUCAGAACAAGCCGGAAGAGGUGAAGAUGAAGUUGGAGGAGAUCUCGCGGACCAUGAAGCCCGAGAGCCUGCGGCCAUACACGGAGGAGGAACGAGCCGCGCUGGCGGAGGUGUACAGCCCGGAGCAGAUCGCUGCAAUCGAAGCGGGCGAGGCGGCCAUCGACCCCAAGGACAUGGCGGAGCAAUUUGGCAUCCGCUCGGACCCGAUGCGAAUGAAGUAUCUGGACGACUUCUCGCACAUCGAGCCCGGCGUGGACAAGAACAAGCGGGCCCCCAAGACCAACUCCGACUACCAGCAGAAGAUGAAGACCGAAGAUGAGAUCGUGGCCGACUUUGCCAAAUACAUGAUGGAGACGCCGCGCGAGGACUUUAGCGUGGAACACUUUAUCCGGUUUGCGGAGACCACGCGGGUGACCAAGGGCAAGGAGGAGGCGGAACGCAACCCGCACAGUGCGAUGGCGCCGGAUUUCUUUCAGCAGGGCGAGAAGCUGCGCGAGAUGGACGACGAAGGCAAGGAGGGCCUGGUUGCCGACGAGAGCAUCCUUAAGCCGGGGGCGUCGUUGGAGAAGGAGGCGCCGCCAUUGAAGCAGUUGAUUGAGUCCACGGGCCUCAGCAAGGAGUACAUCGGCGGGCUGUACACCAAGGUGUUGGUGUUCCACACCGUCACCAACCAGACGCGUCUCGGUAAGGUGCAACGGUAUUACUCCCUGAGCGUUGCCGGCAACAGGAAAGGCUUGAUCGGACUAGGCGAGGCCAAGUCUUUUGAAGCGGCAGAUGCUCAGGAGCAGUCGAGGUACCGUGCGAUCCGGAAUAUGCAGCCCAUUCUGCGGUACGAGGACCGGACCAUCUUCGGCGAUGUGACGGCCAAGGUUGGUGCGAUGGAUUUGAAGUUAAUGACUCGCCCUCCAGGCUUCGGCCUCCGCUGCCAAUCCCUCAUCUACGAGAUCUGCCGUGCGGCGGGUAUCUCUGAUCUCGCAGCCCGGGUGAACCGGUCCCGCAACAAGAUGAACACGGUCAAGGCGGCCUUUGCGGCGCUCCUAUCGCAGAAGAACCCCGAGGAUGUGGCUCGUGCCCGGGGGAAGAAGAUGGUGGAUGUGCGCAAGGUGUACUACUCUGGCAGAGUCCAGUAAUUCGGGAUGUAAAUAAUGUUUGUGGCUUGUCUUCUCUCUGUGUUAACCCUGUAUUUGUAUCCAGCCUGGGUUCGGUUCAUGAUAGAAGUGAGGAUUUCAUGUUGCUACUGUAUUUUAUCUUGGUGAGACAUUUCCACACUUAUCUUCACAUAACCAUGC